CCAAACUCUUCAACUGAAUUGCAUAAGCUUGUGUAUUGUUGCCAUGCUUCUUUCUUUCUGGGCAACUUCAUCUAACUUCAGCUAUAGUAUUGAGUAUUCCAUGCUUAUGUUUUGCAUUACUGGACCAACACGCAUAUGUUUCACCUAUUGGGUUUUUGAUAUGUUAAGAACGUAAUGUCCCCAGUUUCUGAGGCAGUAGGCUUUUAGAAGCUGAGAAGGAAAGAGAGAGAGAGAGAACUUUGAGAUUUCAUAUAUAUAAUGCCAGUUCCACUUGCCCCAUAUCCAACACCUCCAGCACCUUAUACACCACCUGCUACUGCUGCUGCAAAUGGUGCACAAAGCCAGCUCGUCUGCUCUGGAUGUCGGAACCUUUUACUCUAUCCAGUCGGAGCCACCUCAGUAUGCUGUGCUGUUUGUAAUGCAGUCACUGCUGUGCCACCUCCUGGCACAGAAAUGGCACAGCUGGUCUGUGGAGGCUGCCACACCUUACUCAUGUAUAUACGUGGAGCAACAAGCGUACAAUGUUCUUGCUGUCACACUGUCAAUCUAGCCUUAGAAGCAAAUCAGGUGGCACAUGUGAAUUGUGGGAACUGCAGGAUGCUACUAAUGUACCAAUAUGGGGCAAGAUCUGUGAAAUGUGCGGUUUGCAAUUUUGUGACAUCAGUUGGGGUCUCGACGAGCACUGCUGAACAGAAAUUCACCAACUAAAGUUAUCAUACACCUAAAGCUGGCAAGUACAGAUGCUUCAACUUAGGUUUGCAUCUUACAGUAUCCCUAGUUUCCAUGAUUGCAUCUCUAAGUGAUAGCAGAUCAAUCUCUUGCUAUUCACAUGUAUAGAGUUGAUUUUUUCCUUGCGUGAUCGAUGGUCUUAUGAAUAAUGUAGUAAUGUAAGAUUGGGUGUAUGAGAAGAAUUCUACAAGCUAUGAUGAAGAUUCUGAGUGCAUUAGAUAAGGAUAAAGUUCAUUUUUCCUUCUA